CCGCGCCAUUUAAGCCACAGGCGGUCUGAGGAAACUACCAUAAUGACGUUAUCACAUACUGCUGUUUGCUGGAUCUUUGUCUUUGCAGCCUGUGUACAAGGAGACUACAUAGGGUGCUUUGUUGACAACCAAGACCGAAUUUUGACGGCAGAUACCUACAACAGCCCACAUCUAACUACAGAUCAAUGUAUACGGUGGUGUUUAGAGCGUGGUAAUCUCCUGGCUGGAACGCAGUAUAAGUCACACUGUUUUUGUGGAGAUGACAUUGACAUGACUAAGUUGACCGAUGGCGAUGACUGUAAUAUGCCCUGUAGUGGAGAUGGAAACGAGAUUUGUGGCGGCUUUUGGAGGAUGUCCGUGUACAAGACAGAAAUCCAAACGACUACAGUCUUCACAGCAACAGUUUCAGGGAGACACACAACCAACGCAGAUAUAGGAACAACACAGAUAGAAACCCAAACGACAGUUGUCAAUAUUGAAUCACCCACCACGACAAAUGCGUAUAAAGCCUGUACUUGUAAAUGUUACAAGACUUACUGGAACAAUUCCAAGCGGCUGACGACAAAAGAGAAAUUGCAAUUACGAUCUGAACUACAGACAAAGCUUGCGGUUAUGAAAAAUUCAACGUCUAUGUUCAAACGAAAGUUGAUAAGCGAGUAUGAUUCGCGUCCAAGUAGCAUCACAAUGGGAUGUUUUGCUAUUGUCAUCCUAUCGUUGAUUGUUGGUAUGAUUAUUAUACCUGAUGUAAUCAAUUUGAUCAGCUACGUACACAGAUGGCGCCGUUGUCACCAAAAAUAAAGUGAAGGACACACAAACAUGCACGAAUGGCAUCAACAGCAUCACACUCCUUCUGAUGAUUCAUUUCAAAAAGUGCAGACAAGGAAACAUCUGUUGAUGUCCAAUUGGCAUAAACAGCAUCAAACUCCCUCUGAAUGAAUAAAAUAUAAUGAUUAAUUUUAAAAUCUAUCCAUAUUAUUAAAUGUUUGGAAAUUUAUAAUCAGAAGUAUUCGAACCCUAGAUAUUUGUAUCCAAACGACAUUAAAUACGUGGCCUCAGACUGCCCUGUUGGCCCUGUGGACAUAUGUUAACAUACACGUCUUGCUGUCUAAUUAUAUAAAUAUCUUUAGCAUUUCGUCUUCAGAUCACGGUAGACAUGGAUAAUAUAAUUCACGUCGUUUCUAGUUUAAAUUCUUUGUACAUAGUUUGCAAAUACAUGUAACUUAUAAUAUGUAGUGAACUAGGAAAUAGACAAGUUUUAUAUGUUAUGUGUUCAAAGUUACCUAGAGUAGUUAAAGCUAUACGCUAUAGUCAGCCAAAUCUAUGCGAGUUGCUUCCCUGAGAUUAGUUGUUAAUUAACCCGUUUUAGGUUUACGACCUUCAUUUGUUGUCUAUGUCAAAUAACCAAACGGUAGCACCUAAAAAUCAGACAUGGAUAUGUUGCACACGGUCCGUGGAACCAGUGGUCAGUGCCUAGGGCUUUAAUUAGAAAUGACGUUAUAGGGGUUUAGAGACGCCCAUAUUUCGGGUUAAAGGUAAGGAUUGGUCAAUUGACCACGUCGUCAAUUUAUACAUAUUAAUUAACUCUCAGGGGAUAUAAAAAGACUUGCGUGUUUUGCAUAAGCAGUUCUCCAGUAGUUUUCAGUCUAAACGGACUUAGUGCCGUUUGGAUGUACAUAUUUAGGAUGUAAAUAUGUAGACUUAGAUUUGUUUAAAUGUGUGUGAACUGUUAAGUGUGAAUGCGCCGGCGAUAGUGUGG